CCCAUCAGUAUCCUUCUCAAACGCUCCCCAACUCUCGUAAACUUUCCCAAUUCCAAACCCUAAUUUCCCAAUUCGAUUUUCCCGAUUGCAAUGGCCUACACUCGGAGCCCUAAUCUGGCAACCCAGAAGCAGAGGCUCCCAAUGGCCGCUCGUCUCCAGCCUCCAACCAGCCCCUUCUUCCUCGGCUGCAACGACGACCACAGCGAGCGUGCGCAGGCUCGCGCAGCACGCGCCGCCGCGAUUGGAAGGAAGUCCGUUGCGCUCAAUCUCCUGCCAGCAGGGAGACCCCGAUCCCGGCCUCGGAAAGGCGCAGAUCCUCGAGCUAUUCGAGAAUUGCAUCAAACUGGAAAUUAAUCAGAAAAGUACAUGGGAGCUGAAUUUGAUUGACCAUUUAACGGAUAUUAUUAAGGUUGAAGAGGAAAACGAUUUUCAAAAGGUAAAUUGCGCCUUUUGAUACUAUGUUGUUUCGGAUUAGUUUUGGAGUUUAAAUCUAUCAAGACCAAGAUUUUGGUAAAACCACUUUUGAAGUGAGCGGCCGAAUGUUCACAUUAUUCGAUUGGAUAUGCUAUGUUUGCUUAAAUGUGUAUCACUUCUCUAUCUGUGCAGGCAAGCUGUAUAAGAAAAUAACUCUUUGUAUUUCAUUACUUAAUGUGUAAGGAUUACAACUCAAUAUAUAUACAGGUCUCUAAUAAAGCUUAGUACCUACUUAUACA